AUGUUGUGUAGAAUGAUUCCGAGGAAGAGGAAGACUGGGAAAGUACCGGUGUACCUGAACGUAUACGAUCUGACUCCCAUUAAUGGCUACGCUUACUGGGUCGGCCUUGGUGUUUACCACUCCGGUGUUCAAGUUCAUGGAGUGGAGUACGCUUUUGGUGCACAUGAGCAUCCAACAACAGGGAUAUUUGAAGUGGAACCAAAGCAAUGUCCAGGUUUCACAUUCAGAAAAUCGAUCUUGAUAGGAAAAACUGAUAUGGGUCCAAAAGAAGUCCGCACUUUCAUGGAAAAAUUGGCAGAGGGGUACUCAGGAAACACCUACAAUCUCAUCACUAAGAACUGCAAUCACUUCUGCAAUGAUGCUUGUCUCCAGCUAACAGGGAAGCCAAUACCUAGCUGGAUCAAUCGACUUGCUCGACUUGGUUUCCUCUGCAACUGCGUUCUCCCAGUGGGUUUGAAUGAGACAACUGUACGUCAUAUAACAUCAGAAGAUAGAGUUUAUGAGAAGAAAAAGCUGAGAAGCCAUUCAACUAGGUUCUUUUCUUCUUCUAACCCUCUCCCUCCAGGUUCUGCAACGAGAUGUAGUAAACAAAAAUGUCACACCCCUUCCUCUUCAUCAUUGACUCAUUUAACUUCACCACCAUCUAUGAAGCUUUAGUAGCAGUUGGAUUUCAAAACUUCAGAUUGUUACAGAAUCGAGAAGGAACUUAAACAAAAGAUGUGGCAAAAUUGAAUAGUAUCAAUAUUUUCACCUUCUUAUCUGAUUUUGCAAAUAUUUUCUUUCUUUUUCUUUGUUUUGCUUUGUUUUGUUUUGUCAAGGUACAAAUUGAAACAACUGCUUGGAAAAUGUUGCAGUGUUUCUGUUUUUUGUAAAGGGUUUUCGAUAUUCUCCUAAAUGAAUUAUCUUUUUCUUGCUAUUUUAUUUCCAAAUCCUAAAAUCCCCACAUUGUAAGAAGAGG